ACAGACGUCCUUUUUCCUUGAACUAUACCUAUAGCCAUAAAAGCUGAAAUUAUAGCUCGUUCAUUUGAACAUGGAAAAUGUGUUUGCUUUCUAUUUUUUCCACUUAAUGAAGCAUUUAUUUGACCAAAAGUUGACAUUUUUUUUGAAGCCAGGGUCUAAGGAUUUCAUGAGAUGGCAGUAAAAACCAGGCUGAAACUGAGCUCACUCAAAGGGAGGAGCAAAAGUCUGUUUAUCAUGCAGGAUGUGGAGCUUGACUCCAAAUUACCUUGCAGUUGUUGGAGGAAUCGGUCAUGGGACUGCUGCUGCCAAUCCUUCUUGGCUUUCUUGCCGCUCUGAUUGGAGGGCUCUACCUUCUCGGGGUGUUUCGACAGCAACGACCAGGAGAACCCCCUUUGGAUAAGGGACUUAUCCCUUGGCUGGGUCAUGUAUUAGAGUUUCGGAGGAACACCUUAAAAUUCCUAGACCGGAUGAAGCAAAAGCACGGUGAUGUAUUCACAGUUCAGCUAGGAGGGUUUUAUAUUACUUUCCUUCAGGAUCCUCUAUCGUUUGGGUCAUUUGUUAAGGAGAGUAGAGAAAAACUAGAUUUCAGUAAGUUUGCUGUACAUCUGGUGCAAAGAGUGUUUGGUUAUGUUGCUGUAGAGGGUGACCACCACAUUCUCCAGACAUCCAGCAACAAGCACCUCAAAGGGGAUGGCCUGGAAGUAAUGACCCAAGCUAUGAUGAGCAAUUUGCAGAACCUGAUGUUGUUCAAGAUUGGCUCAGCUGCAGACCAAAGCACCUGGACUGAAGAUGGACUGUUUAUGUACAGCUAUAAUAUUCUUUUUAGGGCUGGUUACUUAUCUUUGUAUGGCAAUGUGCCAGACAAGUCAGAAGGAAGUGAGGAGAAAGCCAAAGAGAAAGACAGAACUGAAUCGGAAGCCUUAUUUCACGAGUUUCGUAAAUAUGACCAGCUGUUCCCUAACCUGGCUUAUGGGGUCCUCCCACCCAGGCAAAGGCUGGAAGCAGAGAGGCUAAUGGAAUUCUUCUGGAAUGCUCUGUCUGUUCAGAAGAUGAAGACCAAGGACAAUAUCAGUCGCUGGGUGUGGGACAUACAUCAGACCAAAGAGGAGAUGGGCAUGAAGGAGUCAAUGAUCAACAAAUAUAUGUUUGUGCUUCUGUGGGCCUCUCAGGGCAACACAGGGCCCUCUGCAUUCUGGCUGCUCCUCUUCCUCAUGAAACACCCACAAGCCAUGACAGCAGUAAAGAAAGAGGUAGAUAAGGUUCUGAAGGAAUCAGGUCAAGAAGUCCAACGUGGUGGCCCUAUAGUGAACCUGACCCGUGAAAUGCUGAUGAAAACACCCAUCCUGGACAGCGCUGUAGAAGAGACCCUCCGACUCACUGCUGCACCCCUCCUCACCAGAGCUGUGCUCCAGGAUAUGACCCUCAAGAUGGCUGAUGGCCGUGAAUACUUACUUCGCAAAGGUGACAGAAUGGCAAUGUUUCCUUACAGUGCCGUUCACAUUGACCCAGAGAUCCACCCUGACCCACAAUCAUUCAAAUAUGACCGCUUUCUGAAUCCAGACGGGAGCAAGAAGACUGAUUUUUACAAAGCAGGGAAGAAGGUGAAGUAUUACAACAUGCCCUGGGGUGCCGGGGUCUCCAUGUGUCCUGGGCGUUUCUUUGCCACCAAUGAGCUGAAACAGUUUGCUUUCCUCAUGUUGGUGUACUUUGAUUUUGAGCUGAAGAAUCCUGAUGAGGAAAUACCUGAAAUUGACUUCAAGCGAUGGGGUUUUGGAUCCAUGCAGCCCCAAAGAGAUGUUCAGUUUCGAUACAGACUCAGAUUUUAAAUCAAUCAGUCACUUUUACUUUUCUGAUAAAGCAUUUCUGAUUUUGCUAAUCUUUUCAAGCUUUGGCUUGAUGAUUAUGUUUCAAUGAAGUUAUGGAUUUGGCUUCAAAACUUAAUAUGUUUUAAUAUAUAUCUUGGGGAAUAUAUAAUGUAAUUGCGAACCAUAGUUGAUCCUCACCAAGUGUACUUUACACAAAUGCAUGACUAGUAUUGUAAAGUAUUGUAAUUGUAUAUUUUGAACAGAUUGUUAUGAAUAUAGCUCUCUCUGUCUUCUGUUUGUCACAAAUCAGUAGUUGAGUUCCCUUCAACAAUAAUUCAAUACUUUUUGUAUAAAAAUGUUUUUGGUUUAACUGUGAAUAUUGUUGAUACUGUAAGUGCUCCUUUGCACAGCUGUUUUCCAGUAUAUGUCCGCUUUUCCAGUAAUAGACUAUGAGGUAAAGUGUCCAUAAUAAUCAAAGAUUAACAGCUUUAGAUGCCAACAUUUGGAGUGUUUUACAUCUGGAGAGUAGCUGGUAUUACUUUUACAUUAAAUGUCAUUAGAUACCAACAGAGGAAGCUUUGCAAAGAGUGUGGAAUUCCAGCAGCAAUGUGAUAGAAAGCUGUAAACACGGCUUGGGGAGCUACAUAAUGAGAAGAAAAGAAAAGAAAAAAGUUGUGGACACUAUUAUUAAUGCUCUUAACACUCUUUGUUCAGCAUUUAUUAUACAAAGUCCAACACAAUGAUUUUAGAUGGAAACCUACAUUCAGUAUGUGUUCUUGUAACUUUAAUAUCAGAGAGGUUAGGUGUUAUCUCUGAUAGCUUCUGUUCCUCUGUGUUUUAUAUAAUCAAGACAGGGACCUGUGUAUAUAAAACUUGCAUAAAUGGAGAGUUGCUGAACUGGUUUCACUAGAAGAUCAAGGUUAAGUUGGGAAAGCCCUCUGCACCUGUAACCACAAUAACCUGUACUUAAGCAUUUUAACAUGAUACGUGUGUUCUCAGAUUUUUUUUUUCCCAAACUGUAGCUUUUGCUUUUACUUUAUCAAAAUAGAAGAAGAUUGUAUUUUAUGAUGCCAGAACUUGUAGAUUUAAUGAGUGGAGUAAAAAUAAAGUUCAUUCUCCUUGACCAGAUAAAACUACAGUACAAACUUUAUUGUUUUACAGUGCAAUUGGUCAAUAAACAAUGACUGAAAGUC